AUGCCGCUCCUCCUCUCCCCCAUCUCCACCUGCGCGCCCCCGCCGCGGCCGCGCCUGCGCCGCCUCUCCCCGCCGCCGCCCAUGGUGGCCGUGGCGCCCCCGCCUCGCCCCGCCACGCUCCUCUCCAUCGGCCCCCCGCCUCUCCCAGCCCCUCCCCCCGCCACCCUCGACUGGCUCGACCUCUUCGCGUUCCUCAGCUCCCCCGCCGCCCCCCACCAGAUCCCCCACCCGGAGACGGAGGCGGAGCUGGAGGCGCGGGUGGUGGAGGAACUGGAGCGGGUGGUGGAGCGCGGGCGGGCGAGUCUGGCGGAGCACCGGCGGCUGCGGCAGCGGCAGGUCAAGGCGGAGACGGAGGCCUGGGCGCGCGCCGCCGAGGAGUACCGCGCGCUCGAGCGCGAGAUGCUCGACCGCAACCUCGCGCCCUCGCUGCCCUACGUCAAGUCGCUCUUCCUCGGCUGGUUCGAGCCGCUGCGGGACGCCGUCGCCAGGGACCAGGACCUGCAGCGACGCAAGCGGGUCAAGCACGUCUACGCCAAGUACCUGCUACUGCUACCCGCCGACAAGCUCGCCGUCAUCGUCAUGCACAGGAUGAUGGGGCUACUCAUGUCCAGCAAGGACGGAUGCGGCAGCGUCCGCGUCGUGCAGGCUGCGCACUCCAUCGGCGAGGCCGUCGAGCGAGAGUUCAAAGUCCAGGCUUUCUUUCAGAAGACUAGGAAAAAGUCCAGGAGCAAAAAUGAUCCAGCGUUAGACAAGGAGCAGGCCAAAUGCCGGAAACUUGUUAAGAGUUUGGUGAGGAGGCGAAAAUUGACUGAAGCGCAGAAGCUUGUGCAACAGGAAAUUGAAUUGGAGGAAUGGGGCACAGAAGCCCAAGUGAAGUUAGGAACUCGCCUGAUCGAAUUGUUAUUGGAUUCAGCGUUCGUGCAGUCACCCGCUGACCAAACACCAGACAGUUCUCCCGAUUUUCGACCUGCAUUUAAGCAUGUACUGCGGAAGCCUAUUGUAGAAAAUGGGAGACUAAAGAAGAAGCACUUCGUGAUAGAGUGUGAUCCACUUGUGCAUGAGGGGUUUGAAAGCACAGCUAGACAUGUGGAGAUACCCUAUCUUCCUAUGUUGGUACCUCCUACAAAAUGGAAGGGCUAUGAUAAAGGUGGACACCUUUUUCUGCCUUCAUAUGUUAUGCGGACACAUGGUGCGAAGGACCAGAAGGAAGCCAUUAAGAGAGUUCCAAGAAAACAGCUGCGAAAAGUAUUUGAGGCCUUAGAUAUCCUUGGGAGUACUAAAUGGAGGGUGAAUAGAAGAGUACAUGAUGUUGUUGAGACUAUUUGGAGUCGUGGCGGGGGGAUUGCAGGACUCGUUGAUAAGGGAAAUAUUCCUCUACCUGAACGACCUGAAACAGAGGACCCAGAUGAAAUCCAGAAGUGGAAGUGGAGUUUAAAGAAAACAAAUAAAACUAACCGCGAACUGCAUGCUGAGCGAUGCGAUACAGAACUAAAACUCUCUGUUGCUCGUAAAAUGAGAGAGGAGGAUGGCUUCUAUUAUCCUCAUAAUCUGGAUUUUCGUGGUCGUGCAUACCCUAUGCAUCCACAUCUGAGUCACCUAAGUUCAGAUCUAUGCCGGGGUGUUCUAGAGUAUGCUGAAGGGCGGCCACUCGGAAAAUCUGGUUUGCGCUGGUUGAAGAUACAUUUGGCUAACAAAUAUGGUGGAGGCAUAGAAAAGCUUUCUCAUGAGAGCAAACUAGCGUUUGUGGAGAAUCAAUUGCCUGAUAUAUUUGAUUCAGCAGCAAAUCCUGUUGAUGGGAACCAUUGGUGGAUUAAUGCCGAGGAUCCUUUUCAAUGUUUAGCUGCAUGCAUGGAUCUUUCUGAUGCCUUAAAAAGUUCAUCACCUCAUCGUGCUGUCUCUCACCUACCCAUUCAUCAGGAUGGUUCAUGCAAUGGCUUACAGCACUAUGCCGCUCUUGGAAGAGACUACAUGGGCGCGGCAGCUGUUAACUUGGUUCCUGGAGCGAAACCUGCAGAUAUCUACUCAGAAAUAGCUGCCAGGGUACUGGAUGUUGUACGAGAGGACUCGAUGAAGGAUCCUGCUACUGACCCAAAUGUUCCAUUAGCAAAGGUUUUAGUUGACCAGGUGGAUAGGAAGCUGGUCAAGCAGACUGUGAUGACGUCAGUUUAUGGUGUCACAUUUAUCGGUGCUCGCCAGCAGAUUAUGAAGAGACUUCAAGAGAAAGGGCACAUUACAGAUGACAAAUUGCUCUAUGAUGUGUCGUGCUAUGCUACCAGGGUAACUUUGGAUGCACUAGGACAAAUGUUCCAAUCUGCCCGUGGUAUAAUGGCAUGGCUUGGUGACUGUGCAAAGAUGAUUGCUUCAAAAAAUCAACCAGUCAGAUGGACAAGUGCUGUUGGUCUUCCAGUUGUUCAGCCCUACAAGAAAUAUAAAAACUAUAUGAUACGAACUUCCUUGCAAUGCCUGGCUUUACGAAAGGAAGGCGAUGCAAUUGCAGUCCAACGGCAGAAAGCAGCGUUUCCACCAAAUUUUGUGCACUCUCUUGAUAGUUCACAUAUGAUGAUGACGGCAAUUGCUUGUAAAGAGGCGGGUCUUCAUUUUGCAGGGGUGCACGACUCAUUUUGGGUGCAUGCAUGUGAUGUCGAUAAAAUGAAUCAGAUCUUGAGAGAGCAAUUCGUGGAGCUGUACAGCAUGCCAAUUCUUGAAAAUUUAUUGGAAGAGUUUCAGACGCUAUUCCCGACAGUACAGUUUCCUCCCUGUCCGCCACAAGGGAAUUUCAAUGUGAGAGAAGUUCUUACGUCGACAUAUUUCUUCAACUAAGCUUACUGGGAGAGUUAUGCUUAACAUGUCAAUGAGCUUGGCGUGGUUGGAUAGCUAAAUUGCCAGAUCACUGUUCACAGCAUGGUCUUUGGCAUUUAGCUUGGUCCAGCAGAGAGGAGGGCUGUUGGGCCCAGAAGUUGGGUGUUACAAGAUCAUUGGCAUAAUAAGCAACUACAGCAGCAUGCCAUUGCAGCUCAGCCUUGUGACUCACUGGGAACAGAAGAAACAAGUUUUUUGGGAAUCAGCAAAUCGGCUCGCUGGACUCUUAAGGCUGAGAACCAUGACAAAUGGUUGCAAGAAGCCUGUGACGUGAACAAGCCUCAAGUAGUUCAUGCUGAUGAGUUUUGGUUGAUGCAUGAUUUACCAAGAUGUGAAGUUCAGUCCAGGCACCGGCUACCAUGACACUCCAAGAAGGUAAAUUGUAGCAUGCCAAUUUAUCAGCGGCAGAAUAGUCAUAGUCUUGAGUCUUGCUGAAUAUGCUGAUUAUAUAGACUGACAGUUUGAACUUAAAUUUCAUUGUCUAUACUUCUUUUGUUCUUUUAGGAUUUUUGUAGCCGAUGGUUGUAUGCGUGCACCAUCACCCUGUAACAAUAAUGUGUAGAAUUCUGGUGCCGAACAGAAACGGGAAAAGUGUAUAUGAGGUCCAUAGAUGUUUUUGACA